UGGUUCAACACUAAGCUUCACCUUCUGGCUAAAAUAUUUUUGGCAGAGUUUUAACCGUUUGAAGUUAAUUUUUCAAGCUCCAACCUCAGCGCACUCAUCGCAUCUGAUCUAAAUUGGUUGCCGACGAUGGAUGGGUCAUUUUCUAAUUCUACAGUUUAUGUGAUACAAGUGUGAGUUGACGUCUGCGUAUAAGCGGAUAGUCCGACUUCCGUGCAUGAUCUCAACAAACUGACCGCGUGAUUCAUCUGCGUGUUUCUGCUUCGCAAAAUUUUUAUAGUCAAUUACGGGUACAAUGGAGAAAUCGGAUUUGAUUAGCAAAGAGGCACAAAAUGGAAAACCCCUUGUUGUGGUCGGGAAUGCUCCACAAAAUAUGCAACCUCCACCGGCAAAGAGCUUCAAAACGGUUUUAAAAAUCAACCCAAAACUUCUGCCGGUUAAGCUGCUGGUAUUCUUGAUUCAUGGAGGUGUUGCUGCAUUAUUCCCUUAUUUUGCGCUGCACAUGAUGAGUGUGGGCAUAUCCAUCAAGGAAAUUGCCGUGAUCCUCUUCCUUCUUCCCAUAGUCAGCAGUAUUGGCCCACCGAUCGGCGGCUUUCUGGCCGAUCGGGUCGGGAACUAUAAAAUCGUUCUCAUUAUCUUUACGAUUCUCAGCGUCAUUCUGCACACUCUCCUCUGGUUCGGAGUGCCGUUUUACGAAAAUAAAAUGAUCAACCAAAAUUCAACUCUGGAAAACUCCAACUUCACCGUGAAUCUUCCUUGUGGCAUCUCCGAUUUUCCCGAUUUGAGACUGACCACAGAUACCCCGCGAAAACUACACCAUUGUGCCGUUAAAAAUAACUGGCAGUCAGCGGAGCUGACCAACUGUACAUCCAACUGCAUUGCACGGGGCUACAGUAAUCCACGUAUGUGUUUUGGCGCGGUGAACAGCAGGGACGGCUAUUGCUUUGCCCUUGACAAUAUCGACACGCUUAAAGCCCACUUGACCAGUGUCCAGCCAAUGGGCAACAUCACGUGGAGUCCGUCGAGUUUUGCGUUCCCAUUACGAAAUAUCCGUGAUCUGGACAACGCCCGUUGUGUCUCCAAUGAUAUCAGUCCGGUAAUGAAUUGUUCCGUCAGUUGCGAAGCCAAGUCGACGAACGAGGUCAUCUGCCGCGAAUCAGUUUGGAGAAAAAUAGGCGAUCGUCUGACGACGCUCGCGUUGUAUUUCACGUGGAGGUUUCUGUCGUUUACAGCCAUCCGUGUGGUUUUCCCGCUGUCGGAUGCGGCGGUGUUGGAGAUUGCCAAGCAGGAGAAUGGGGAUUUUGGCAUUCAGCGACUAUUCGCCUCGGUGGGAUUUUGCAUUGUACCGCCCAUUUCCGGCUGGUUGAUCGAUGUGGCCAAGAAGCGGACGGGAAGCGACGACUACUCACCGGCAUUUUAUAUUUUUGGAGCUCUGAACUUAAUGGCUGCUGGGCUAAUGGUCUGCAUGAAAUUUGGAGCGAGAAAGCCGCAGGCUAAUAUUUGGAAAUCGGUGGGCGUGGUGCUUCGGAUACCGAAUGUAGCGGCCUUUGUUGUGGCGAUCUUUAUGAGUGGCUGUGCCUUUGGUGUAAUCGUCAAUUAUCUCUUCCUGUUCAUGAAAGGAGACCCCGAAUUUAUCAUGAAAUCCCCUGGCUGGCUGUUCGGAUUAAUUAAUACGGUUGGGUAUCUGCUGUCAAUUCCGCUGCUCUUCUUCUCCACCCCACUAAUACGAAUAUUUGGCCAUGAAAACAUUGUGGCUGCUGGGCUGCUUUGUUACGCAGGGCGUUUUCUUUUGUAUUCUUACACGUAUAAUCCUUUUCUAAUCCUGCCCAUUGAAGUGCUCACCGCCGUUACCCAGAUGAUGUUGGUCGUGCUUCCACAAUUUGCCAUCAAAACGGCUCCGCGAUAUUUAGCGACUCUUGUUGGAUUAUUUGGAGCUGUCAACUUUGGUUUGGGAGGAGGGAUCGGACCAUUAACGGGUGGAUUCAUGGUGCACGCUCUGGGAUAUCGUCAAACUUUUAGGAUAUGGUCAGGAAUUUGUGCCGGUGUGGGAAUAAUAUAUUUUCUGCUCUACCACCUUGUUCUUAAACGCCUUCGGACAACUAUUCUUCCCGCUACUGAUGUUCCAGAAGUCAUUUCGAAGUUGCCAGUAAUUACACAGGAAGAAGUUCAACCACUGGCGCCCGGCAUAGAGACCAUUGUAAAACCGAAGGAUGCACCGUAUUACCCAUCGAGACCACAUGACGAACAAUUCCACCGCAUGAGAGAUAAUUUAGAAAAUCAGUUGUUCGAUAAAGAUGGCGAUCCCAAAACGUUUCGGUCCCUAAAGGAGCAACAUGAUCGACUGCUUCCUGAAGCGGACAUUGACCGGUAUAAUCUAAGUAAUAACCAAACGGGAGCACUGCCGCCACGCGACUGGCGGCCGCCACAAAGUGACCACCGGAGAUCUUCCAACUUUUAAUAUUGCCGAUACCAUGGAUUGCAGUAUUAAUUUAAAUUCGGUUGUUAGGUUAUCAAGUUGUUGGUCAGUUUGGUCUGUUGGUCAAUUCUCCAUUUUACCAUGAUGUUAUUUUCUCGGCGAAUGCGCUUUCUACCACUAGACUGUAAACGAAUGUAUCUGAAGUCUGAACUGUUGUACAACUUCCGAAAAUUAUGUUGUCAAUUUUGUCUCUGGUACUGUACCAUUUUUUAUUUUAGCGGCAUACAGGUACGGACACUAUAAUUCCGCGAUAGGCUUUCAUUGGUAUAGAAUCCUAUGGUCGAGAUUUACUUAGUUUAUAAAUGCAGAAUAGAACAUCAGCCCACUUACCUCA